UCUCCAAAAAUUUCUCUCUCUCUCUCUCUCUCUCUCUCUCUUGUGAACUCUCAUAUAACGUGAACUUAGACCGCAGGAUUUGAAGAAAAUCCGUGGCUGUACAUUGAAAUUCUUUUGUUUUUUUGGCUUGUAAUAAUUAGCUAAAGCUUGGUGGGGUUUGGUUAAAUAAGCUUCGAAUGAUGGGGUUAGAACGGCAUCCGGGGAUGAGAAGCGGGGAUUAUUUGGAAGGAAUGCUUAACGACUAUGUCAAUGGUACUGGGAAGGCCAACUCCAAGACGUUUAAGCCUCAGAAAAGUGGGUCAGGCAGGCUUGUCACCUUCCUUACAUGUCUCCAAUUCGCUUUCGCGGUUUACGCGACGUUCCUUCUCUACUACAUGAGCCCUACCAUAGAUUUAAGAACCAAACCGGAGUUCACAUGGGCAACAAGAAUAGCUCAGAAUUGGAAGAGCCUCAUAAUCACCCCACACGUCCUUGGUCACUACCAAGAGUCAGCCAACUCUCUAGUUCAAUCUGAAAUCCACCCCAUCCUACCGAUAUCCCAAGUUUGCGAGCACGAAAAGAUCGAUUUCUCGCAGAAGAAGUCCAACGACGCGGCGAUGAUCAAGAUCAAGAGGGAGCUUUACAAUGAGGUGUUGGAUUUCCAAAGCAAGUCAGUAGGCACAGAGACUCUUGCUCAGCUCAUGGCAAUGAAGUCCAAGUGGGACUUGAGAGGUCCUAAUUAUAGGCCUAAAGUCACUGUCAUAUUGAACCACUUCAAGAGGAAAACUCUUUGUGCUCAAUUGGAUUCAUUGCUUCAUCAAACACUUCCAUUUCACCAUGUUUGGGUGCUCUCCUUUGGGAGCCCCAAUGAAAUGUCCCUCAAGAGAAUCGUCGAGAGCUACAACGAUUCGCGGAUCAGCUUCAUCAGCUCGAGCUACGAUUUCAAGUACUACGGAAGGUUCCAAAUGGCUUUGCAGACCGAGGCUGAUCUUGUGUACAUCCUUGAUGAUGACAUGAUUCCUGGGAAGACAAUGUUGCAGAUUUUGUCACACGUGGCCGGGACCGAGAAGUACCACAAUGCGGUUUUGGGCAGUAUUGGGAGGAUCUUGCCCUUUAGGCAGAAGGACUUCACCUUCCCCAGCUACCGAAAAUUCCGGUCCAAGGAAGCCGGGCUCUACUUGCCUGAUCCUGCUUAUGAUAUCACAGUUGAUAAGAUUGUGCAGGUUGAUUUCCUUUCAAGCUCUUGGUUUUUGUCUGCAGAUCUUGUUAGGACUCUUUUCACUGAGACACCUUUCACUUUUGCAACUGGAGAAGACCUUCACCUCAGUUACACGCUUCAAAAGUACAGAAACGCAGGGUCGUUUGUUCUUCCAGUUGAUGCAAACGACAAGGAAACAUGGGGUGACAGUGAACACAGGCUUGCAUAUGUUUCCGAAACGACGGUGAUCUUCAAAGACGUUGUCCAAGUCCGGGACGACCAAUGGUGGAAGGCGCUGUCCACCGGUUAUAUCACACAGUGGGCCGCAAUGUACCCUCAGAAGAUUGAUGCGCUCUUCUAUGCCCACUCAGUUGAUGAAGUCAAGGCCCUCUCACCGCUUCUUGACAAGUUCCGAGCGACUGCCGGCAAGAAGGCCUACAUCGCGGUCGCGGGGGGCAAGUUCUGCCCUUGUGAAGAGGCCGCAGCCGCUCUCAAGUGGCCUAAGGUGGUUUGCAAGGAGAGGAGGUUUAAGAUAUUUGAUCUUGACGUGGGGGCUCUCUCGGGGAUAUCGAAUUCUGAGGUUCCGGUUGUACAGGCAGUUUAUGCGAGCGUGAAAGGUUUGAUCAAGAUUCACAACCCAAGUGUGGUGAUUACUGUGGCUGACAUCGAUCCCAAUGUGAAGAAAGCUCUGAAAAUGGCUUCAGAGACUGACUCUAAUGGUACUACAUUGGUUCUUUUGCCACGGCCUUCUGUGUCAAAGGUACUUUGGAUGGCCGACCUGCGAUCCACAGCCUUGCCAAAUUGGAGCCGCAUGCGGGUUUCGGUCAACAUCAUUACUCAAAACCGAGCUGAGUCACUGACGAGACUUCUCAACUCUCUAAAGAACGCCUACUAUGUUGGUGAUGAGAUUGGAAUUAGCUUCAACAUGGACAGCAAAGUGGAUGAGGCAACUAUUAGAGUAGUGAGCUCAUUUGAGUGGCCUCAUGGAGCCAAAACUCUGAGAAGGAGAAUCGUCCAAGGAGGCCUAAUUCGAGCGGUGAGUGAGAGUUGGUACCCCUCAUCUGACGACGAUUUCGGUCUCUUACUGGAGGAUGAUAUCGAAGUCUCUCCUUAUUACUAUCUAUGGAUCAAAUAUGCCCUCUUAGCCUACCACUAUGACCCCCAAGUUUCCCUCCCUGAGCUCUCAUCAAUCUCCCUUUACACGCCUAGAAUCGUUGAAGUUGUCAAAGAGAGGCCUAAAUGGAACCCAACCGAAUUCUUCAAGAAAAUCCACCCAAACACACCUUAUCUCCACCAGUUACCCUGCAGUUGGGGGGCAGUUUUCUUCCCAAAACAGUGGAGAGAGUUCUAUGUGUACAUGAACAUGAGGUUCACCGAAGACGCCAAGGCAAACCCGGUUCAGAUUCCCAAGUCAAGAACGAAUGGCUGGCAGGCCUCAUGGAAAAAGUUCCUCAUUGACAUGAUGUACCUCAGAGGCUAUGUCAGCCUCUACCCCAACUUCCCAAGCCAGGCAAGCUUCUCAACCAACCACAUGGAGCCGGGGGCUCAUAUCAGCGCGAAAGACAACGUUGUGAGGCACGACAAAGCUGAUUUCGAGGUGCCGCUGUUGAAGGAGGACUUCAGAGCUUUUUUGCCAAAUGGGAAAUUGCCUCCGGCCUCAAGGCUUCCAUCGUUGAACCUCUUUAACCAGCCACUUUCUCUUAAGGGAAUCAAGGCUGCCGGGGCUAAAUUGGGCCAGGAUGUGCUUGGAUGCAACAAUGCCACUGAGAUUGUGGCUGUUGAUCACCAAACGGGCCUUCCAACAAACUGUGCCAGUUUCUGAUCAGUUCCUCAUGUUAAUGUUUGUGUAAUUCAUUAUAUUCAUUUCUUCUUUUAAAGGGAAAGAAAGGAAAUUGUUUUUGUUUUAUUGUUGUUAUUAUUCUUAGGAGGUUGGUGUUUAGGCUUGUUUUACAUAUAUAGGCAGGUCAAUGUGGGGAUAAGUGGUCUGGGAUGAGAG